AAGCCCGGACACGUGGUCAGGGAUAUCGUCGUGGAGAGACGUGAGAGAGAGCAGAGAGGCCAGAGAGAGGGACAGGGAGAGGGACAGAGAGAGAGACGUAGGAGAAUAAUGCCGUACGAUCGCAUCGGGCAGAGAGGGAUGGAGAGAAGUCGUCAUCGUCCAUCGACGGACUUCGGUGUGGAACCGCGAGGUCAAGGACGAAUGACGAGAAGUCGCAGUCAAUCCGCCCAUAGGCCAGGGGGCGAGUUCCAACCGGACACGACGGCUACGAGAGGGGCAUCAUUACUGAUGUUCCCGAAUAGAGAUGUGCCGCUUCCCAACCCGUUGGAACCGGUGAGACCAGGGAAGGAUAAAACCAAGAGGCCAGAGAGAGAGUUAGGAACGGAGGAAGGUGCAGUGGGUGGAGCAACAGGCCAAAGAAGGAGGGAAGAGAGACGGGAGGAUCUCCGGGGAUUAGAAGGGUUCGAGAGACAACAACUCGAAGGUUCCCACAAUCAGAACAAAGUGGAGAUCGUGGUCCCGUAUACUUGGCCAGCAGAGAGAAGCAAGGGGGAAAGCGAAGAGGCGUAUGAGAGCCGCCUUGCAGAGCACGAGUUGGAGAGUUUCCUCCGUCACGGGUCGGUGUACCCGACGAGAGAUUUGGCCCGGCUAAAGAGUCGCCAAAGUGAGGCCAAGUCGGCCAGACAGAAGCCAGCCUUGAGGAAAGAGGACAUGGAGAGCACGGCACCGACCCCGAGGGAAGCGCGUUCGCAUUCCCCACAUCCAGGGCCGCCUAAUCGUCGAGAACCGGAAAAGAGAGAAGCGGCAAAUUCAAUGAGCGCUCAUUCUUCACGGGAUUCCCGAAAUGUAGUGACACAACGGCCAGAGAGAGUAGAGGAGAAUAGAAGUAGAGAGGUGGGAACGAAGAGAGCACCGCUGAAGAUCAAAACUUCAGGAGUGAUCUUCGGGAAUUUAAAGGCAAUUCCCACGGUUAGUGCAAUCGACCCCCCACCAUACGCCUGUUUCCAGUGUUGGAGGUUCGACCAUAAGCUGGAAGCCUGUCGGAAUACCAAAAGAUGGCCAUAUUGCCUAAAUUGUGGUCGUCGAUUGGUAACGGUCGAGACUUGUCCGCGUUGUGCAGAGGCAUACGCAAGGAGAGGGAAACAAGUGGUUGACCGAGUCGAGCGGGUCAACAAGCGAGAAGAGACAGAGGCAAGGAAGCCAACAAGGGAAGAGACCCCAACAGGAGAAGGCGAGGACAGAGAAGUGAAGGAGAAGGGCGGUGAUGACGAUCUAAUAUCAAAGAUCUUAGAGAUCACGAAAGCCCUAGCGGGACUUCCGGCCUCCACCAUAGACAAGGCCAUAAACCAGCUGCUGGAGGAGAGGAGGAAGUAGUUGGAAAGGAGGGCGGACGUGUAGGAGGGAGUUUCCAGCCAGAGAGAGAGAGAGAGGAGUUCGGACAGAGAGAGAGGAAGGGAGUAGGCCAGAGUGAGAGAAGGAGGGACAGACGGACAGAGAGAGAGUAACGGGCGAACCAUGGCCAGAGAGAGUCGGAGGAGAGGACCAUGGUUGCAGCUGGUUUGGUAAGAAAUAAAAUUUUUUUAUUUUUAUUAUCAUUUUCUUUUUUUUUGUUGUUAUAUGACGAUCCUACCAGGAGUAGUUCCGGUCAUGGGGAGGGGAUUG